AUGUCAGCGGCGCGCGAAGAGGAAGAGGAGGAGGAGCCCGCCUCUCUCCUCCUGCGGCUCGAGCCCACCGCCUCGCGGCUGGCUGCAAUCUGCAGGCUCGACCUCCGCAAGGCUGGCCUCAAGCGCCUUCCCGCCAGCAUCGGCCUGUGCGCGACAUGCCUGGAGCAGCUCGAUGUGGGAGGCAACCCUCUCGAAUCGCUCGACGGCGUGCAGACGCUAGGGCGGCUGCGCGUCCUCUUCGCGACGGGUUGCGCGCUCGGCGGCCGGGGUCUGCCGGCCGGCGGCCCACUCUCGCGAGCCGACUCGCUCUUCAUGCUCUCGCUCAAAGAGAACGGGCUGGCCGUGCUCGACGGCGAGGCGCUCCCCCCAAAGCUGGGCUGGCUCAUCUGUGCGCAGAAUGCGAUCGCCGAGGUGCGGGCUCCGCACCGACUGAGCCACGUGCGCAAGCUCAUGCUCUCGCACAACCUCCUCGACGCGGUGUCGGCCGACUUACUCAUUGAGGCGAUCCCUGCGCUCGAGAUGCUGCGCCUCGCCUGCAACCGCAUGGAGACCCUCCCCGCCGCCGCCUUUCGCCACCCGCGGCUGGCAUGGUUCGCGUUCGGAGGCAACCCGUACUCUGCCCGCCUGUGCGCUGCCGCCCUCUCCGCCGCCGACGCAGCCGCCGACGCGGUGGCGACUCUGAAGGACGCCUCGGAGGCGGGCAGAGAGGUGGCUGUGGGGGAGGAGGAGCUGGGCCGCGGCUCGGGCGCGGUGGUCAAGCGCGGGACGUGGCAGGGUACGCCGGUCGCCUGCAAGCUGUGGUCGGCGGAGCUGUUUUCGGACGGCGACGCGCGCGGCGAGUGGCUCAUGGGGCGACUGACCGGCGGCUGCGCCAGCCUCGUCCGCACGCUCGCGGCGUGGGAGACGCCGUCGCUCGGCAUGGCGGUCGUGAAGCUGUCGGACCUCGGCGCCGCGUGCGCGUACGACCGGCACGGCCACACCGCCGUCGAGAAGCUCGAGGUGCGCUCGUUCGGCCUGCUGCUGCUCGACCUCCUCUCGCACCUGCAGGUCUCGCACGACGGAACCUUUGGCGGCGGCGAGGCGGCGGCGGCGGCGGCGGCGCUCCGACACGCGGCGGCUGCGUGCACAGCCGAGUCGCUCGAGGCCCGCCCGUCUUUUGCGGAGCUGUGCGCCGAGCUCUAA